UCGUGACGUACAGUUGGAAGCAUCAAAAGUGGAUGUAUGUGAACUAAGUACCGGUACUACUAAGUUUAUUGGUUUGUAAGGAUUUUGAAAUGAAAGAUUCUCGUGCAUCCUGAGAUGAAUAGUACUUUCUUAGAAGUUGUCAACGAAACUCUUGUAGAAGAAGACUUACUGGAAGACAAUCAAAAAUAUGACCUACCCAAAUACGACUUUUUAUUUUCAAUAAUAAAAUAUUUAUUAUUCAUAUUGAGCGCCCUAUCCGAUAGUCUUAUACUUUUUUCUUAUUAUAAAGUGAAAAUAAUAAGAAACAGAAAUAAUUUGUUGUUAGUUCAUUGGGCAAGCUUGAAUCUGUACUAUUUUCUACACCAAUUGAUUAUAUACGAAUUAAUAUGUUCAAUAAUACUUGAACUUAAAAGCAGUCCAAUAUUUCUCGUGGUUUUAUCGGGCACAUGUUUGAUUUUUAGUUAUGUUGUAGCUUUAGCUUUACUAAUAAGAUGGACUGCACUUAAUUUCAAGUAUAGAUUACUACAAAAUAUCGAUAUUUUCAUAGAAAAAUAUUUAAUUUCAUUUGUCUAUUGUUUGGGAGCAGUCAUUUUCAUUUGUGAAUAUUUACAUCGAGAAUUCGGAACUGCAGAAAUAGGAGUUAUUACCGUGGAUACAGUAGUUAUAGUAGCGAUUAUUUUUAAUGUUCUAAUAUGCUUUGGGGUAGUUAAUAUGUCUAAAAUGACAGUUUAUAUUUUAUACGUAGCCAAUAGCAUUAUAAGUUCAGUUAUACCUUUGAUAAUGUACCAUUACAUGUUUGAAUUCUUUAUAAGUUCGUCAUUUGUUAUUGAUCUCAUAUUUUUCACUAGGUUAAUACCCCAAUUGAUUAUAUUCGGUCACCCUGUAAUAGUAGUAGUAGUUUUAUAUAGAUUCAGUAAAGAUUUUAAUACCGCAUUUAAAGUUACCCUGAAAAUUUUAUCGAGGUCAAAAGAAGACUAUAAUGACUGGAUAAUUAUUGAUGAAAUGGAAACUUGAAAAAGUAAUAUAACAGUUUA